AUGGCAGCUCGUUUGCAUGCUGAACAGCCAGAUGUUUACAAAGAUGACAACCAUAAGCCGGAGAUGGCUAUUGCACUGACCGACUUCGAGGCAUUGCUAGGAUUCCGUCCACUUCACCAAAUCAUCUCCUUCAUUCAAGCUUUCCCCGAAUUGGCCGAACUUACCACCUUGAAGUCACCAUCCACCACAGAUGAAAAGAAGGAGGGGCAACCUCUUUCAAUCAAACAACUUUACUCAAAUCUGAUGAGAUCUUCUCCUGAAGAGGUUGAAUCGACUAUUAAAUCUCUUGUGAAUCGUUUUACAACUGGUUUAAAG